UCCUUGCAGUCACGAAAGCUUCAAAUCUAGAAUUUUGACGGCAUUUUGGGAAUAAGAAAAAAAAUCGAUAUUCAUCGAAUAUUCGUUGCGUCGGAAUAUUUUAUUGCGGCAGCGUUGGGCAGCAGAAACCGCAGGUGGAGCCACACCCCCCAUCAUCAUAUCCAGCAGCAUCAGCUGCAGCUGCCACCCCACCUUCUACACCCAUCAUCAUCUCGCUCUCUCUCGCCGCACGUCACCUUUAAAGGGGAUACAGUACCCGGCACCCACAGCACACACAAUCCCACAGCACACACACAGACAAGCACACACACACACAAUUGACACGCGUGAUUUAAUAUCAGGACCCAACCAGACACUCACGAAUACGCGUGGCUGUGAAAAGGAGAAGGCAGCAGGAGACCGAUACAGACACAUCCCCGUGUAGCCUCCGACACAGGAUAUUGGGACAAAGUGCUGCUCGGCUUGAACACACACACACGUACACACACACACACGUACACACACCUAGCGCAGGUGUUAGAACCGAGGCGCUCGUGCGGGAUUCAGCCUCCUGCUGCUGCUGCUCAUUCUCGCCAGCGCCAUGGCCGUUUGCUGCAGCGGAGGAGGAGGAGUGAUUGUUGCUCUCGCCUUGUGCCUUGUAGCCGCAAGCCCAGCGGAGGCCGUGUGCGUGGAGGUGGAUUCCGUCGACAAGGUGAUGGAGAACGACACGAUCAAGCUGACGUGCAUCUCGUGUCGCAAGCGGCAGGAGCAGGACGCCUUUGUGGACGUCACGUGGACGUUCCAGCCCGACGGGGAGAACACGACGGCCGUCAACAUCCUGGUGAUGAAACGAAAUGGCGACGACGUUGAAUUCACGAACCUGCAGUUUGGCAGCAGUCGUAUGCAGUUCGUCUACAGCGAGGACUACCAGGAGGUGUCCCUCGAGAUCAACGACACCAAAUUAGCGGACAAGGGGACCUACCGUUGCCAUAUCCGCCGCGUCCCCGUAAUUCCCUCCAUCCGCAACCCCCCUGAGUUCCUUGUGACGAAGACCAUCCAUCUCGAGGUGGUCCCUGAACCCUUCACGAACAUAACGGCAAAGGUGUCGGAGGUGAUGAUGUACUUCAUGAUCGUCGCUAGCACCGUGUUGCUCAUCUUCACGCUCAUCACGUGCUACAUGAAAGUGAAGCAGGCUGACAAAGACAAGCACAACAAAGUCACGGACCUCUUGGUCUUCGCCCCGGUGAACAAGGAGAACUGCGCUGCGGAGCAGGCGGAGGAAGAGCUCAAGAGCAGCUCCUGAGCCGCUCGUGCAGCCGCCAGGAGCUGGGACGCCGCGAGCGCUGCUCUCUCACGGCACGGCGGGGUGGGCGCCGUCGGCAUCGCCAUUCGUCGGCUUUCCAAUGUUUUAAUUUUUUUCCUUCUUCCCUCCCCACACUCACACCCCCACGUAUGAGAUGGAACGCGUCCGAAAGGAUGUCCACCGAGGCAGAUGGAGCGAUGAGAUUACCUCGUGUGCAGGCGCUGGGUGAUUUACUGUACCGCAUGAUCAUGAGAGAUGACGACGACCAGGCCUUAAUUUAGCAGUGGAUUAAAAAUGGUUGAUGAUAAUGAAGCACUAUAUAUUCUAUACAAAAUAUUACUUGGAAAUAGUUAGAAUGCGUAUUCAGAUGCCCUUCCAAGAAAUAGUACCUAAUGACCUGGAUAAAAAGGUAUUUCUGUUAAAUAUAAACGCAUGUAGGGCAUGGUGAAUAGGAAGCAUAAAUAAUCUCAAUGUGACGAAUUCCAUCCAAUCACAGGCAGCGCAUAUCAGGUUGCUGUGAAAACGGUGCGUAAAUUGCAGAACAUGUCACAGAUUCGAUCCAGUAACAGACAUCUCUAAUCAGAAAGCACCUGUGGGAAAAAAAACGAACGAUUCAAAGUACACCAACACUAGUAAACCCUUCAUAAGAGUCAAUUCUAUAGUGGAAAGGAAGAAACUUACGCAACUCAAAGAUAUAAAAAAGGUUAUUUUGAUUUUAAUAAAACGUUGAUUUCUCUUGCUUAUCAGAAACUCGGUGUAUGUGAUCAUUUUUAGUAAUUUUUAUUUCUAUUUUGUAUCCUCACAUCAUUUGAUCUUGUAUUGAUUUCAUAAAAGGGGUGGUAUUGCUUGUUUUGCAUCUCCAAACUUGUGGUUAUCUGUAACGUAUACACAUCAGGGGCUGGUUGAUCAUGCAAAGAUGUAUGAAACUGGCUAGGCCUAUGAUGCAGUGGCCACGAAAUGACAGUACGGCAAAUGGGUUUGUAACCCCAUCCAUGUAGGCCUUUGAAUGUCACCCCCCCCCCCCCUCGUAUGCAUGGUUUGUUAGUUUUUCGCUUCGUACUCAAGAUUUGUCCGAUGUGCAAAACAGGUUGCAGCCAAACGUCCCAAGGCUGCAGGAUCCUCGUUACAAAGUCUUGAGACUCGACAAUGCUGGAUUUAUAACUGGCAUUAUACAAUUUGUGAGUACAGGAGUGGAUUGGAUGGUUCAGAUUCACUGGGGGUAGAUGGCCUUAACUCGUACAACAAACGCUGACACUUAAGUUUGGUGUUGUGUUCUACGCCAUGCGACGAUUUUUUUAAUGAAAUAAUUUUGCGUAUUCUGUAGCUUUUAUAUGUAGGAUUGGAUAAAGCUAUGCAUUUCUUGUAAUGUUCUGAACACUCAUGCAUAAAACACAGUGAUUAAAUGAUUAUCAGGGUUUAAUUUCUCAUGUGAUAUUUUCUGAGGCCCCCCGCAACACCCAAUUCUUGUGAUCUCCCCCUCCACCCCACCUCCCAUCCCUGACAGCGGACAGGGGGAGGCAGGGACAUUUUACAGAGCUCGGGCCCAGACAGCUCCAGUUGAAAUUAAGCCCUGAUUCUUGUUCUUUAAUAAAGCGUUUUAAUAUUCGUUGCUAAUCUCGGAGCGAAUAAUGUCUGUGCUGCUCCUGCACACAGUCCGUUGACAACGCACCAAUCGCAAAGCAGAGACACCGACAGGGCUGUUUAAAAACACCAAGUGUUAUCGUGUUAAUGCUUUGCAUAUUAUACAUAUCUUGUUGGUGUUUAAGGGCACGUUAUACUACUGCUUUGGUUCUCUCGCGUUGUGCUGCAUGGCUCUCCGAUGGCUUUUCAGGUUGUUCCGCCUUGUUGUUGCUGCUGCUGCUGUUGCUUCCAGCACGUGAAGUGAAAUAUCAGACAUCCUGCCGAUCGACACAGAAUACAACUCGAAACACACAUCGGAGAGCAAAGCGCACUGAGUGCGAGUAGAUGGGAUCGGAGGCUGAUAUUGUAUAAUCCUUCCGAAGCUAAAGUUGUACUUAAUCCCACGGAAUGACGGAGUUAGUUUUUUAAGUCAUGUUUAAUGCAUGCAGCAGCACAUAUAUUGUACUGAGCAUGACGUUUGUUAUUUGAUGUAGUGUCAUGUAGAGUAGUAUUCGCACGAAAUACGUUUCCAAAGAAAAACGGCUGCGACGUUUUCUGACCGCAUGCAGGGAGAGCCGAAAUAUGAGUAUCGAUCUGAGUAUGAAGUGAGUGCAGUGCUAACCAGCGCGUACAUUUCUGAAGUAUUUUCCAGGUCGCCGGUAGUUUGGAGUACGUGGCACGUGCCUAGCAGAUACAACCCAUAGCGAGAGGGAUACUGGAUGUGGUGCGCCGGGCGUGGAAAUAUUCUCCCGUCUGAAAUGAAGCCCUGGCGCUAACGGACACAAUUCGACGUUUCGUGCGGGAUGACUGCACCCUGACUCGAGUCCUUGUGGGAAAACGGCUUGCCUGCAUGCGUGUUGCAUCACUUUGAUUUGCUCGUUUGAUUUAUUUACUUUCUGCCAACAAGCCUUCAAACGUACACGUCAUUUUAAAGGGACCACGUUUGCUUGGCCAAAUUACAAUUGGUAACCGUUUUACCGUUUCCACUGUCAACGUUUUACACAUAUCUAUUAAAGAUGCUGUUGAAACACA